AUGAAGAUGUUCGAGACAAAGGUAGUGAAUGUUGAGAUUAUUGUUGGAAAUGUUUUAGCAAUGCAGAAGUCAUAUAAGGAACUCAAGAGUAAACCUGUUUCAGUUAUCAGACAGCAAUGCAGAUGGGAAUCCUCGCCUUUUGAUUUCAGCAUGGGAAAAGGGGAAGAAAACCCACAGCUCUCAAUUCCAUCUAGCUCAAAUCCCCCAGAUGCUGACAUCCCAACAACUGCUCCAAACAUGCCAAAAUAUACUUAUUAUCCACCACGGCCUGCGUGGGCACCUGCUUUUAUGCCAUAUCCAGAUGCAUACCAAUAUACAAGCAACAUUCAGAUGAAUGCUGGUUACCCAUUUCAAUAUGGGAUGGGACAUCCGAAUCCUCUCAUGGCUACAAGCUCUGCAACAGAGGUGCCGAUUUGUAAAGAGGAUACACCUGGGUGUGAAGAAACUGAAUCACCCAGUUCCUCCUCUAGAGUGCAUGAACAUGGUGAAGAGGAGAGGCCAGACCUACAUGAAACCGAGUAUGGCACUGUCGGUUCACCUCCGUUAGACCAAUUGGAUGGUGGCUCACCUCCGUUAGGGCAAAUGGAGGGUGGUGAUAUGAUUAUGGAGCCAAAAUCGGGGAUGCAGUUUGAUUCUUUUGAGGAAUUAAUGGAGUAUUAUAGGCUAUAUGCUAAGAGAUGCGGUUUUGGAUCCAUGACACAACUAAGUGAGAGAGAUGACGAAGGAAAUAUCAGAUAUGUCACCAUUGGUUGUACUCGUGGGGGAAAAGCGCGGAAUAGGACAAUGAAUGUCGCCAAGCCACGCUCGACAGGGAAAAUUGACUGUAAGGCUCGGAUUAAUGCCUUAAAAGUCCAGGGGAAGAUGCAGUUGACCACAGUCCAUAAUACCCAUAAUCAUGGGUUGAGUCCACAGAAAUCCCGGUUCUUCCGAUGUAAUCGCGAAGUUAGUGAGGCCGUAAAAAGAGUACUAGAUACUAACGACCUUGCUGGCAUUCAAAUGAACAAGAGCUUCGGAUCUCUUGUUGUUGGUGCGGGAGGAUUUGAGAACCUCCCAUUUUUGGAAAAGGAUUGUCGUAACUACAUCGACAAGGUAAGACAUUUACGACUUGGAGCAGGUGGUGCUGGAGCGCUUCGAGACUAUUUUGCGAGGAUGCAAUACAAGAAUCCCGGAUUCUUUGCCUUGAUAGAUUUAGAUGAUGAUGGGAGGUUGAAGAAUGUAUUUUGGGCAGAUCCACGCAGCAGGGCAGCUUAUCAAGAUUUUGGUGAUGUGGUAACGUUUGACACCACGUACCUAACAAACAGGUAUGGAAUGCCCUUUGCACCCUUUGUUGGUGUAAACCAUCAUGGGAAAUCGAUUCUCUUUGGAGCAGGGUUAAUUUCCAGUGAAGACACAGAGACUUUUACAUGGUUAUUUCAGACCUGGCUAGAGUGUAUGGAUGGUAUAGCCCCGCCAGCUAUUAUUACUGACCAGGAUAGAGCAAUGAAAAAUACCAUUUCUAUUGUAUUUCCAAAAAGCAGACAUAGAUUUUGCCUGUGGCAUAUUCUUAAAAAAGUCCCCGAGAAGCUUGGUUCCCAUCGUGCCUACAAAAGUGGCUUGAAAACCCAGCUGAUGAAAUGUGUUUAUGACAGUCAAACCAUUGAAGAGUUUGAGAAAUCUUGGGAAGAGUUAAUUGGCGCGUACAACUUGGAAGAGAAUGUGUGGUUGCAAAGUUUGUAUGCUGAGCGCACGCAUUGGGUACCAGUAUUUCUAAAGGAAUAUUUUUGGGCUGGUAUGAGUACAACACAACGGAGCGAGAGCAUGAAUGCAUUUUUUGACGGAUAUGUUCAUGCGAAGACAAACUUGAAAGAGUUUGUCGACCAAUUUGACAAUGCCUUGAGGAAGAAAAUGGAGAAUGAAAUCAGCUUGGACUUCCAAUCUUUUAGCGUUACAAUUCCAUGCAUAUCUAGAUCUCCGAUCGAAAAGAGAUUCCAACAGUUGUACAUGAAUGCAAAAUUCAAAGAAGUGCAGGAGCAAGUUAUGGGUCUAGUCGAUAUGGACCCAUCUCUACUUAGACGAGAUGGUGUGAAGAAGACCUAUCUGGUAGAAGAUGAAGUGCUAGUUGACGAGUUCACUAAACAUGUUAACUUUCAUGUGGACUUCAAUGAGGAAGAUUGCGAUGUUAAGUGUUCAUGUGGGUUAUUCCAGAUGAGGGGGAUACUGUGCAGGCAUAUCUUGGCCAUAUUCAAAUGUAACGGGAUAAAAACUGUGCAAGAUAGAUACAUUUUGAAUCGAUGGAGAAAGGACAUCAAACAGAGAUACACGUUAAUCAGCAGUACAUAUGACACAGGGUCUCAGCGGGAAGAUAGUAACAGAUAUUCAAGCCUAUUGAAUAUCUGUUACCGGAUGAUUACACGUGCAGCGGGUUCAAAAGAGCAUACUGAGGAUGCAGUGGCAAAGUUGUAUUCUAUGAUUGAGUUAUAUGGUGACACCCAAGAACCCCCUUCAAUUCCCAAAUGCCAGACCAAUGUUGAUGGUACAUCAAAUAACAUAAAUGACGUGCCAAGUGAAAAAAUUGUACUCAGUCCACGAGUUGUGCGCGGAAAAGGCAGACCCCCAUCUCUGAGACGAGCAUCCAGGAUGGAGCAAGAGAUGCGCAAAUUUAAACAAGGGACUAAGUCAGCAACUGCAAAGGGAAAACGUAAAGAGGUAUCACUUGGAGUGGAUGGAUCACAACCUGUGGAUGGAUCACAAGCCAUGCAAUGA